AUGGAAGAAAGUGAUGAACCUGAUGAGCCUAUUUCAGCAGGGAGGCAAGAAAUUCGAAAGAGAAGACGACCUAGCCAACCAAUGGUAGACAAAUCCCAGCAGACGGAAACAACAGAGAAAAAGAAACACAUGGCCAUACCACAAUCGUCUGCCCCCAAAGCUACUGUUAGUAUUGGUAAUAUUCCUGCAGGCAAAAGCAGCUACUCUGCCAAAGAAUUUGAGUCUUUUAGAGUAUCUUCUCAACUUCAGCAAACUUGGAUGAAGAGAAAGCGUGGACAGGAAAUGACCGAUGCAUCUCUACAGACAGACUCUACCAGAGAAGAGAAAAAGGAAGUCAAUUUAGUUGAUGAAACAGUGUUACAUGAAGAAAAGCCAGCUGGUGUUGGAGGAGCAGUCUGUGAAUUGCCAGAGAAUGUUCAGGAAGUAGAAAUUCCAUCAAACAGACACUCCAUUCAACUAAAAAUAGACAGAUCUCAGCAGACCAGUUGUACUGGAGACUGGACCAUGAUGUAUAUUCCCCCCAAAGAGAAAGUGAACAAGGAACAGCAGACAAACUUUAGUGAAUUAGAAAUAGCGUAUUUUUCUAGGCCAGGAAGUUCUUUUACAAAGUCAAAGGAAGGUGCCCAGAAACGUAAAUCCUCAGGAAAGAUGUUUGUUAGUGAACAUCCUGAAUUUCAACCAGCAACAAAUAGCAAUGAAGAAAUUAAGCAGAAAAAAAUCAGCAGACCUUCAUUUACUCAGGAUAUCUAUAAAGCUCCUUCAGUACUUUCAGAAGAUGAGCCUAGGCAAGAGGUAACAACACCUGCUGUACAAAAGGAUUCUUUGGUUAAAAAAGGGGUUUCUGCUGAAAUAGAGCCUUCACCAACAGAAAAAACCCCAGCUGAAGUACAGCCUCCACCAAUGGAAGAGACCACUAUUAAAGCAGAGCCCAGCCCUGCCGAGGAGACCUCUGUCCAAGUACAAUCUCCAACUGAAGAGACCCCUGCAGCUGAGAUAGCUAUUAUGGCAGAGGACUCUGUUGAAGUACAGCCUCCGCCAGCUGAGGAGACUUCUUCAGAAGAACCUCCUAUUGAAAUUCAGCCUCCUCUAGAAGAAGAGGCUCCUCCUCUAUCAGCUGAAGACGCUCCUAUAGAAAUGGCCCCAGAACUUCUGAUUCCAGCAGCUAUGGAAUCCCCUACAGAACAGGUCCCUGCUGAAAUUCAGUCUCCACCAGCUGAGGAAUCCCCUGCAGGUGAAGCUCCUGCUGACAUUCAGUCUCUACUAGCUGAAGAGGCUACUGCAGAAGAGGUCCCUGCUGAAGUUCAACCUUCACCACCUGGGGAGACCACUGCAGAAGAGGCCUCUGAUGAAACUCAUCUUCUAGCAGCUACAGAGGCUCCUGAAGAAGAGGCUUCUGCUGAAAUUCAGCUUCCACCAGCUGAGGAGGCCUUGGAAGAUGAAGCCCCUGAUGAAGAAGGCCCUGCUAAAGUUCAGUCUCCACCAGAUGAGGAGUCCCCUGCUGAAGAGGCCCCUGCUGAAGUUCAGCCUCCACCAGCUGAAGAGGCUCCUGUUGAAUUUCAGUCUCCAUCAACUGAAGAAGUGUUGGCAGAUGAAGCCCCUGUUGAAGAGGCCCCUGCUGUAGUUCAGCCUCCACCAGCUGAGGAAGCCUUGUCGGAUAAAGGCCCUGCUGAAGAGGCCCCUGUUGAAGUUCAGUCUCCAUCAGUUGAGGAGGCCCCUGAAGAAGAGGCUCCUACUGCAGUUUGGCAUCUACCAGAUAAGGAGGCCACUGCUGAAGUUCAGUCUCCACCAGCUGAGGAGGCCCCUGCAGAAGAGGCUUCUGUUGAAGUUCAGUCUCUAUCAGCUGAGGAGGCCACUGAAGGAGAGGCCUCUGCUGAGCUUCAUCCUGCACAAACUGAGGAGGUUCCUGUAGAAGAGGCUUCUGCUGAAGUUCAGCCUCCAUUAGUUGAGGAGGCCCCUGCAGAAGAGGUCCCUGUUGAAGUUCAGUCUCCGCCAGCUGAGGAGGCCCCUGCAGAAGAGGUCCCUGUUGAAGUUCAGUCUCCGCCAGCUGAGGAGGCCCCUGCAGAAGAGGUUCCUGCUGAAGUUCAGCCUCCAUCAGUUGAGGAGGCCCCUGCAGAAGAGGUCCCUGUUGAAGUUCAGUCUCCGCCAGCUGAGGAGUCCCCUGCAGAAGAGGCCCCUGUUGAAGUUCAGUCUUCACCAGGUGAGGAGGCCCCUGCAGAAGAGGCUCCUGCUGAAGUUCAGCCUCCAUCAGUUGAGGAGGCCCCUGCAGAAGAGGCUCCUGCUGAAGUUCAGCCUUCAUCAGUUGACAAAGCCCCUGCAGAAGAGGCUCUUGCUGAAGUUCAGCCUCCAUCAGUUGAAGAGGCCCCUGCAGAAGAGUCUCUUGCUGAAGUUCAGCCUCCAUCAGUUGAAGAGGCCCCUGCAGAAGAGUCUCUUGCUGAAGUUCAGCCUCCAUCAGUUGAAGAGGCCCCUGCAGAAGAGGCCCCUGCAGAAGAGGGGCCUCUUGAAGUUCAGUCUCCACCAGCAGAGGAGACCACUGCAGAAGAGGUCCCUGCUGAAGUUCUGUCUCAACGAUCUGACCAAACCCCUGCAGAUGAGGCUCUGGUAGAGAAUGUGUCUACUGAAUUUCAAUCUCCCCAGGUAGCAGGCAUCACAGUAGUAAAAGCAGGGUCAGUUGUUUCAAAAGGUGAUACAAAAUUUGAAGAGGUUUUAGAAAUGGAUCGCAUUCCUGAAGGUUUGUCUAAUACCAAGGAUGAACAGGUUUCCACUGUUGAAAUAGAAGGUGUCGUUAGUAUAAAAUUCAAAAGGCCCUCCUCUUGA